AUGGAGUCGUCUGUUAGGUCUGGGUCUAAGAUAGAGAUGCUUGAGAUGCAGAAGGAGAAUAUCCAGCCGUUGGACGGAGGAAGGUCAGUAUCGAAAUUGGCGGCAGCGCUUAAUUCAUCACAAGUAUAUCGGUAUCAAAAGAAUAAAGUUAAGUUACUAGUUGAACGCGAUCAGUUUGAGUACCAGAUAGGGAAAUCGGAGGAGCUAGAUGAUCCGCUUCAGCUAUUUGUUGAGUAUAUUGAUUGGACGCAUAACAAUUUCCCCCAGGGCGAUAAUACGGAAAGUGGGCUUGUUAUCUUGCUUGAGAGGUGUACAUCACAUUUCCGAGACGUUUUUCAUUACAAAAACGACCCUAGAUAUUUGAAGGUAUGGCUUGAAUAUAUAAAACACUCGGAUUCGCCAAGAGACGUGUUUGUUUAUCUCGCGAAAAAGGAAAUCGGCAAUCAGCUAGCCUUGUAUUAUGAAGAGUUUGCCCAAUAUUUGGAGUUGAAUGGCAAGAUCUCCGAUGCCCAUCAAAUAUAUCAGUUGGGUAUCCAGUCCAAUGCUUUCCCAAAAGAACGGCUAAAAAAGUCGUUUGCAAAGUUUAAAGAACGCACGGGAACAGCAGCAGCAGCAGCAACAGCAGCAGCAGCUGAUGGAGAUAUACUGAUGUCUUCUUCUUCUUCGUCGUCGUCUGCUAGGGAGAUUGUGCGAAAUGUGCUAGCGUUGAAAAGAGGAUCGCAAGUGGGUGUAAAUGUGAAUAACCAAGUUGCCAUAAGAAAGAAGGCAAAAAUUGACGUGUUUCAAGACAAUGUGGAACAAAGCCAAAGUGUGCUACAGUCCAUAUUUGACGAUAGUGGCAAUAAGCAACAUAUGGAGCUUGGUACAAGAAGGGAAAGAAUAAAGGAGAACAUUAUUGCUCCUGCAACACAGUGGCAGGGACAGAUUAUUAAGCAAAGAGGAGCAGGAGGAAGAGGAGGAAGAGGAGGAGGAGGAGGAGGAGGAGGAAUGUCACCUCCGAUGAUGGACAAAAUACAAGUAUUUCGCGAUAAUCCUAGCACUAGUCUGGCAACUAUGGGCAUGGACCAUCAUAUAAGUAAACUGGUACAUAUCGAUGCUAAUGGAAUGUCAUAUACAUUAGUUCAAGUUCCAGGAAAAAAGACUGAACGAAUAAUGGUAAAUAUGGACUUACUAUAUAAAGAAGAAGAAGAUGAUGACAAUAAUAAGGAGGAGGAGGUGGUGGAUGAGAAGGAAGGAAAAGAAGAAAUAAGUAUCACAGAAUUAUUGGCAAGGAAUAAAACAAAACAAAUAAAACACGAGCCACAAAACGAGCAUAAUUCGUUGCUGCCGGCGGAUGAAGAGAACAAAACUAUUACCUUACCACUUAACGAUGAUAUUACUGCCAAAUUGAAGGACCCUACGAUAACAGCUUAUUCCAAAGUGGCGAAAAACGAAGUGCUAAAUAUGUACAACCAAGCAAUGCAGCUGCAUAUCUCUGAUGAUGAACGCAUGGAUGAUCCAACAGUGACAAACUUGGAGGGCUUUGUGACUGAGACAACAAUAUUUUCUUCUAAAAAACAAGAGAAAGCCCCAGAAGAGGAGUUAGUACCGACUCAAGUGGAUUGUUCUCCUACAUUGGGAGAAGAUAACAUUAGUGGACAAAUAGGGUCAAAUCAAGUACACCUCCGCCACCAACAAGUUAUCAAUCCUUUUUGUUCUCAAGUCAAAAAUAGCAUCUUGAAUAUACCUUCUAUACCGAUGAAACUAUACUCAAACUAUUACGACCGCUCUUCAAUCACAGUCAAUAGAAUGAAACAGUUUCGAGACAUUACAAACAAACAAAAGAGGAUAAAUCGAAGUUCCAAGCUGGCUAUUAUUGAUUGUUGUGGCAAAGAAUUGUAUUGUUUGAUAUACCAAUUAGGCGAAGGCGGUUAUGGCUAUGUUUAUUUAGUGGAAACUGGCUCUAGCGGUUCAUUAAAGGCUUUGAAAAUUGAAAAACCUGCAUCAAAGUGGGAGUAUUAUAUUUUACAUCAAAUACAUAGACGACUAUUGGGGACCCCAAAAAUCGAUAGGUCAUUCAUUCAUGCAGAAGCAUUGUAUUAUUUCCAAGAUGAAAGUUUCCUUGUUCUUGAAUAUUGUAGUCAAGGGUCGCUUUUGGAUUUGGUGAAUAAUUUCAAGUCUCAAACUUGUGGAGUUGACGAGUGUCUUUGUAUCUUUAUAACCAUUGAGUUAUUGAAGGCAAUUGAAGCUUUGCAUGUAAUUGGCAUACUACAUGGCGAUUUGAAGGCUGAUAAUUGCAUGAUUAGAUUUGGUCCUGUUGAUGAUAAUCUAUGGGGUGAAAAAUAUGAUCGCAACGGAGCACUGGGAUGGUGUAAAAAGGGAAUAACGUUGAUUGAUUUUGGCCGUGCUGUUGAUUUGACCACAUUUCCAAAAGGCACGAGGUUUAUAUCGAACUUUCCCACUGAUGAACAAGAUUGCCCGGAGAUGAACGAAGGAAAACCGUGGACCUUUGAAGCUGAUUAUUACGGUAUGGGCUGCAUUAUUCACACUCUAUUAUUCGGAGAGUAUAUAAAAAUCAAAAAAAUUGGAAACAAGUUGGAAUUGAAACAAAAUCUCAAAAGAUAUUGGCAACACGAACUUUGGUCAAGAUUGUUUACAUUAUUGUUGAAUCCCUAUGAUGAUGACCAGGUCAUUCUUCGUUCCCCUAGAGUAAGCCAACUAAAAGAAAUAAGAAGCAUGUUUGAGGAUUGGCUAGAGCAAAAUUCUCAAAGUAGAAACUUGAAAGCAACGAUUAAAUCUAUAGAGCAUGAUCUUGAAAUUAUCAACAGGACCAAAAUUCAUGGGUGA